AUGAACCAUGAAAGCAAAGCAAAUUCAACAAUCACAAUUAAGGGUAUUCUGAGUCUUCUAAUGGAAAGUCUUGAUGAGAAUAAUAGCAAGAGAGUUAUUUCUCUUGGAAUGGGUGACCCAACUCUCUCCACGUGUUUCCCCAACACUAAGGUUGCUGAAGAAGCUGUUGCAGAUGCACUUCAUUCUGCCAAGUUUCAUGGAUAUGCUCCCACUCCUGGUCUUCUCCAGGCCAGAAGAGCAAUUGCCAAAUAUCUAUCAGAUGACCUCCCUUACGAGCUAUCAUCUGAUGAUGUUUUUAUAACAUGUGGAUGCACACAAGCCAUUGAUGUUUCGUUUACGUUGCUUGCUCGCCCGGCUGCAAAUAUUUUGCUACCAAGACCCGGCUUCCCAAUCUAUGAACUUAGUGCUGCAUUUAGACAAGUUGAAGUGAGACAUUAUGAUCUGUUGCCUGAAAAAGGUUGGGAGGUUGAUUUAGAUGCUAUUGAAGCCCUCGCAGAUCGGAACACGGUCGCAAUAGUGAUUAUAAACCCCGGGAACCCUUGUGGAAAUGUAUAUACUUAUCAUCACUUGGAGAAGGUUUAUUGCAAAAACAGCAAAAUGCUUGGAACAAUUGUGAUCGCUGAUGAAGUUUAUGGUCACCUUGCAUUUGGGGAUAAUCCUUUUGUGCCUAUGGGAGUUUUUGGGUCUAUUGUUCCUGUUCUAACUCUUGGAUCAUUGUCUAAGAGAUGGAUAGUACCUGGAUGGAGACUUGGUUGGUUUGUCACAAAUGAUCCAUCUGGUACUUUCAGAAAACCAAAGGUAGUAGAGCGCAUCAAAAAGUACUUUGAUCUAUUGGGAGGCCCAGCUACUUUCAUCCAGGCAGCAGUACCCUCGCAUAAUUACACAGACAGAAGAGAGAUGGAAGACAUUCCAUGCAUUUCUUUCCCUUGCAAACCACAAGGAUCCAUGGCUAUGAUGGCGGAACUAAACCUUUCGCUUCUGGAAGAUAUUAGUGAUGAUAUUGAUUUCUGUUUCAAACUUGCAAAGGAGGAAUCUGUUAUCAUUCUUCCAGGAACUGCAAGACACGCAAGAGAGCAGUAA